AUGUCUCCCAGAAUAACUAGAUCUUCUGCCCGCCAAGCAGCGAGCCAGGCGGCUCGAGCUCCUGGUGCAUCACCUGCCUCUGCCGCAGCCUUGCCAGAGCCCUCGCCUCCAACUGCUCCCCCAACGUCGCUGUCCCGGAAGCGAAAAGUUUCGAGCGCCGAGAAGAGCCUUGCGACUGAACCACAGCCUACCUCUUCAGUUCGACGGUCCAAGAGACAGAAGAUUCCUGAAGCUGCUGCACCAUCAGAACCCAUAGAGAACCCCUCCCACUCGUCCGUGCCGCGAAAUCGGAGGCUUCCAGUGGAUAUGGAUGGCACUGAUCACGCUGCUGGCAGCCGAAGAUCAGCUCGAAGCAAGCGAGCCCCUACGCAGUCUCAAGCUACCGCCACCUCAAUGCCGCCUGGUCGAGAUCCGCAGCCAAUCACAGGUCAACUUUCAGAUGAAGAUGCUACUAUGAGCGGCAUGGGCGAGAACAAGGAGGAGGACACCCCACUGCCGCCGCGGAAGGAAGAUGCUGGGCCUAAGAAGGGCAAAGUUGACGGCCAUGCAGAAGAAGAUGAUGUUAGCAGAGGCGAAGAAGACGAAGAAGAAGAAGAGGACGAAGACGAAGACGACGAAGACGAGAAUGACGACGAUCCAUUUGGGGCAUACGGGGGCCCAGGAGACCACGAUUCCAGCCUUUCUAGUACCCUGCGAGCCUUGACCGGCAUGAUGACUGGGCUGUCAAGUCGACUUCGGGAACUCCUGGGCAAUCUGCGUAGUGAUGACCCGUCAAUCCAGGUGGUAGCCUUGCAAGAGCUGUCCGAGAUUUUCUUAGUGUCCAAUGAAGAUAAUCUGUCGGGCCACUUUUCCCCUGACGCGUUCGUCAAGGAGCUCGUUCAGCUCAUGAUCAAGGAAGAGAGCCCAGAGAUCAUGCUCCUGGCCUGUCGCUGCCUUGCAAAUCUCAUGGAGGCUCUGCCGGCGAGCAUUGCAAACGUUGUUUACGGGAACGCCGUCCCAGUCCUCUGCCAGAAGCUGCUAGAGAUAUCCUUUAUAGACCUGGCCGAGCAAGCUCUGAGCACGCUUGAGAAGAUCUCAACCGAGUACCCUUCCAGCAUUGUCCGCGAGGGCGGACUUACGGCCUGUUUAUCCUACCUCGACUUCUUUGCGACUAGCACUCAACGAACAGCUGUGACGACUGCAGCCAACUGCUGCCGGAACAUCCCCGACGACUCGUUCCCCGUCGUAAGGGAUGUUAUGCCAACCCUCCUCAAUGUGCUGAACAGUAACGAUCAGCGAGUCGUCGAACAGGCCUCCCUGUGCGUUUCGGGCAUCGUCGAAAGUUUCAAAUACCAUCCCUCGAAGCUCGAGGAGCUGAUCAGCGUCGGCCUGCUGCGAGCCAUAUUGCGUCUGCUCGUGCCCGGGACUACCAAUCUCAUUGGCCCCAACAUCCACACUCAAUUUCUCCGAGUGCUUGCCUUUACCGCUAGGGCGAGCCCCAGACUGUCCUCUGAGCUUUUCAAGCUGAACGUCGUCGAAACGCUUUAUCAAAUCUUGACGGGCGUCUCCCCCCCGACAGGCACGGAAGACGUGGCGUCCAAGCUGGACAGCGUGGUUGUGAUGCAGGCACUCAUUCACCGACCCCGCGAGCAGAUCGUGGAAGCCCUCAAUGUUAUAUGCGAGCUACUGCCUGGCUUACCUCGCAAUGUGGGAAUCGCAGGGGGGGACUUUAUGGAGUUGCACGAUGCCAUUGAGCCGACUACACCGUCCUCUUUGGGCGGCAGAUGCCAUCCGACUCACAACGACCGUCGACUUGAACUUCUGGAAGAUUGCAAGGACCAAGUCCGCCGCUUUGUCCUCAUCAUCUUCCCUACUUUGACCGAUGCCUUCUCCAGCACGAUCAACCUCAACGUUCGCCAGAAAGUCUUGACCGCUCAGAUCAAGAUGCUCUCCAAUCUGGACGAAGGUCUGCUCGCGGAAGCACUGGCGCCAGUGCCCUAUGCAUCCUUUCUGGCGUCCAUUUUGUCACAGGAGGACCACCCUUCCCUGGUAAUAUUGGGCCUCCAAGCGACGGAGUUGCUCCUUACACGCCUCGGCAACGUCUAUCGGUAUCAGCUCUAUCGCGAGGGCGUGAUACUCGAGAUUCAGAAACUCGCAAAGGGCGAUGGCCAGCCUAGCACAAAAGAGGACCCCUCCAAGCCGAAGAAUGCGCCUCAGAGAUCGAGCUUGCACGAUAUUGGUGGUAGCAGCACACCAUCACCAGGACGCGAUUUCGACGACCAUGAGAAUGAGGACGAAGAGGUCGAGGAUGAAGCCGAUGCCACCGCCGCUCAUGGGCACCACUCCUCCGGCGGUAAUGACGAUGAAGACGUUGAUAAUGACCUCAAUGCUAGUGACGCAUCCCCUGCCAGUUCCCGCGGCUCAUCAAUGUCCUUGGAUGCCACAUCUUUGCCCUAUGUUUCUAAUAUCCUAUCAAUGAAGUCUCGCAUUGUCACCAUUGCCAGAAGGUUCUUGAAUGUCCACGAGCAGGACGGCCGCAGUCAGGACAUGAGGAUGAGGGCCACCCAGAUACUCGACACUUUAUCCCACCUGGCAGAGGAGCUUGAGUCUUUCUAUUUGACACGGACGCCGAGAUUCUACCCUCCUGAAACGGGACGGAUGCUCUUCUCCAAGCUGUCGUCCUACUUCGACAUCGACAUUCUGGAAAGCAUCACCAGCGCAGAGCUUCUGGCCUCUGGCCUAGUAAGAGUUCUGCUCGCAGUCUUCAGCAACCCAGACGAAGCGCUGGCGCAUUCUGCCCAAGCAAGCUUUCUAGAGGUGUUUAUGAGUCCUGCGGUCAAGCCGAGACCCCGAACAGGCGCGGUCGAGCCCCAAGCAACGCCGUUCAGCGUUUUGAUUCACAAGUUGCAAGAUCUGCUCAGUAGGUCAGAGCAUUUCGAGGUCAUUACCGUUCAUCAAAACAGCUUUGAGGGGAAUCGCAGCAGCCCGGCGUCCAUGCUUGGCAAGCAGCUCAAACUUCGGCUCGUCGCGGACGAUGAAGCAUCGAUUCCGCGGCCAUACCGAAAUAUCAUGGUUUCCAUUCACGCAAUUGCCACCUUCAAGUCCCUUGAUGACUACCUGCGCCCUCGGAUCAGCUUAGCAGAACGACCCAGGAUAUCUCGGCGGGAUGGGCUUUCCAGGACUCUUGCGGCUAUAGCUAGCUCCGGUCUGUCUCAAAACGCUGCAACAGGUGCCGGCUCAACUGGGCCUUCCGUUAUGCUUGGUUCCGCGCAACAAUCGCCGUUCUCCCCAGCAGCUGCGUCUUCCGGUCCUCGAUAUUCCGGGAGUAUCAAUGAUAAACCGUCUCCGCUUGCUGGGCCUUCGCAUGAAAAGGGAUCUUUACGACGCUCCUCCAGGCUCUUGAGAUCGCCGUCCGAUGCCCCAACCCCCCCGACUCGCCCUCCUGACGACGACAGUGCACUACAGCGCACCCUGGAGUGUGCCGACGAGAAACAGCUCACCGAUGACGAAGACGACGUUGCUGGUGAUGGCGGUGCCUUGGAUGCGAUUGUCGGUGAGCUCGACGAGGACAUAGAAGGGAAAACAGAGGCGGAUACGUCCGCUGUUAACCUGGAAGUCGCUGCCGAGAAUUCUCCUGCGAGCCGGAGAGAGGGCGAAUCCAGAGUCGCUGCCCCAACAGGGUCCAAUCUCCUACAGAGCCAUGAUCGAGUGCUGUAUAGAGGCAAUGCCUCGGCAACACCUCACUCCUCCACGCGGCAGCCCUCUUACUCUUCCAUACUUCAGACUGUUCCUCAAGAUUGGCACAUUGAGUUCACUCUAGACGACAAGGUUAUUCCUAACGAGACAACCAUUUAUCGCGCUGUCCACAUGUCGACGUCUUCUGCGAAUGACCAUAGCAAUAAAAACAUAUGGUCCUCCACGCAUCCCAUCAAAUUCCGAAGGGUGCCUGGGCAGCCUCCUGCAGAGACCAAGACAACGAACCUCACUGUCGAGACAGAUAGGGAAGCGGGAAAGGGAAUCCCGGCUUCUCUGGCGAAGCAUCCAGUAACUGCGUCCAUUCUGCAGCUUCUCAACAUCCUUCACGAUCUCAACGCGAACAUCGAAGAUGUUUUGGUUGAGAAUAGAAACAGCAUCGUUGGCCUGCGCGUGGAGCCGUUGUCACAGUUUGUGAAUACAAAGCUCACAGCCAAGCUCAACCGCCAACUGGAGGAGCCGCUGAUUGUGGCAAGCAGCUGCUUGCCAAGCUGGUCCGAAGACUUGGCACGCCUUUACCCCUUCUUGUUCCCCUUCGAGACCCGUCACCUCUUUCUGCAGUCGACAUCGUUUGGAUAUGCUCGAUCGAUGGCUCGUUGGCAGAAUGCGCAUUCGACGGAUGACAACCGGCGGGAUCGUUCGAAUGAACGGCCGUUCUUGGGUCGGCUUCAACGGCAAAAGGUUCGCAUUUCUCGACUCAAGAUUCUGGAGUCGGCCUUGAAAGUCAUGGAUCUCUAUGGCGCGUCUCAAAGUAUACUGGAGGUGGAGUACUUUGAGGAAGUUGGUACCGGCUUGGGUCCGACGCUCGAAUUCUACUCUACAGUUUCAAAAGAAUUUUCUAAGAAGAAGCUCAAGCUCUGGCGUGAGGUCGACUCUGCUGGAUCGGACGAGUUUGUGACGGGACAGACGGGACUAUUCCCCCGCCCCCUGAGCCCCGAGGAGACGACAACGCCGAAUGGAGAGCGUAUUCUUCACCUGUUCAAAGCGCUGGGCAAGUUCGUGGCUCGGUCGAUGAUUGACUCACGGAUCAUCGACAUCCAUUUUAAUCCCAUAUUUUUCAGGAUUGGAGAUGCUUCUUUGACCGGCGUCAAGCCGUCCCUGGGAGCGGUCAAGGUUGUUGACCCCGGUCUUGCUCGCUCUCUCAUCACAAUCAAGAAGUUCGUGCUGGCCAAGAAGGAAAUUGACGAGGAUCCAGCCCGCACGCCGGCACAGAAAGUGGCCGAUACCGAGAGAAUCAUGAUUGACAAUAUGAGGCUGGAGGAUCUCUGUCUCGACUUCACCUUGCCCGGCUAUCCCGAGAUCGAGCUCGUUGAACAUGGCUCUCUGAAGCGGGUGACCAUGGAGAAUGUUGACGUAUAUCUGGAAAAGGUCAUUGACAUGACCCUUGGAAGUGGCGUCAAACGUCAGAUUGAUGCGUUCCGUGCCGGUUUCUCACAGGUUUUCCCUUACACGGCAUUGAGAGCUUUCACUCCAGACGAGCUGGUUUCCUUGUUUGGCCGAGUAGAAGAGGACUGGAGUCUCGAGACUCUUAUGGAUUCAAUCAAGGCCGAUCACGGCUACAACAUGGACAGCCGAAGUGUGAAGAACUUGCUGCAGACCAUGAGCGAACUGGACGCCAAGCAACGACGGGACUUUCUACAGUUUACUACCGGCAGCCCAAAGCUUCCCAUUGGCGGCAAUCUAACUCCAAUGUUUACCGUUGUCUGCAAACCUAGCGAGCCUCCGUACACCUCCGACGCCUACCUUCCGAGCGUCAUGACUUGCGUGAACUAUCUGAAGCUUCCGGAUUAUAGUACCAUGGAAGUCCUUAAAAGGCAGCUUUAUACUGCGAUCAGGGAAGGGCAGGGAGCCUUUCACCUGUCUUGA